CGCGGCGCAGAGGUGGAGAGCGCGCGCUCGUAGACGCGGCGCUAUUAAACGGUUGCAGGCGUCGCGGACUGGUUGUGGUCUUCUGCUUCUCGGACUUUCGGUCCUGCGUUUGUCGGCUCGCUUUUAUACACUGACGCCCAAGCCGGCUACAACUUCUUCCUUAUCUCCGCCUGUAGUUGCGUCGUUGUGACUCUGCCACCAUGUUCGAGGCGCGCCUGGUCCAGGGCUCCAUCCUGAAGAAGGUGCUGGAGGCGCUUAAAGAUCUCAUCAACGAGGCCUGCUGGGACAUAAGCUCGAGCGGCGUAAACCUGCAGAGCAUGGACUCCUCCCACGUCUCCCUGGUGCAGCUCACCCUGCGUUCCGAGGGCUUCGACACGUACCGCUGCGACCGCAACUUGGCCAUGGGUGUGAACCUCACUAGCAUGUCCAAAAUACUGAAAUGUGCUGGCAAUGAAGACAUCAUUACACUAAGGGCUGAAGAUAAUGCGGACACACUGGCGCUAGUAUUUGAAGCUCCAAAUCAAGAAAAGGUUUCAGACUACGAAAUGAAGUUAAUGGAUUUAGAUGUUGAACAACUUGGAAUUCCAGAACAAGAGUAUAGCUGUGUAGUAAAGAUGCCUUCUGGCGAAUUUGCACGUAUAUGCCGAGAUCUCAGUCAUAUUGGAGAUGCUGUUGUAAUUUCCUGUGCAAAAGACGGAGUGAAAUUUUCUGCAAGUGGAGAACUAGGAAAUGGAAAUAUUAAGUUGUCACAAACAAGUAAUGUCGAUAAGGAGGAGGAAGCUGUUACCAUAGAGAUGAAUGAGCCAGUUCAGCUAACUUUUGCACUGAGAUACCUGAACUUCUUUACAAAAGCCACUCCGCUCUCUCCUACAGUAACACUCAGUAUGUCUGCAGAUGUACCCCUUGUUGUAGAGUAUAAAAUUGCUGACAUGGGACAUUUAAAGUACUACUUGGCUCCCAAGAUCGAGGAUGAAGAAGGAUCUUAGGUAUUCUUAAAAUCCAAGAAAAGAAAGUUAAGCUCUUUAAGAACUGCUUCUGAGAUGCCAGCAUGUACUUGAGUCUGUCACCAAAUUUGUACCUCUGAAUACAUAUGUAGAUAUCUUCUGUAAAUAACCUAUUUUUUCCUUCAUUCUUUACAAUUUGUUUAAAGAAUAAAGUCCAAAGUCAAAUCUGGUCUUGUUAACCUAGGAAUAUUUCUGCCUUGCCCAAAAAGUUGUGAUUUUCAUAACAAAAGGGUUUUGACUCUUAAAUACAGUUUUAAGAAUUUUUUUCAAUUUAAAUAAAAGUUAUUUGAAUUGCAAACAUCA